AUGAACAUAUACUUAGUAUAUUGGAAUUCCUUGAACAAGUUCUGUUUCCGCGGCAUCCUCGACGAAUCAAUCGGCGAGGGAACCCAUUUCCUCAUCCCAUGGGUUCAAAAACCCUACAUCUUCGAUAUCAAAACCCGCCCCCAUACUUUCUCAUCAAUAUCCGGCACCAAAGAUCUUCAAAUGGUUAACCUAACUCUCCGAGUCCUCUCUCGUCCCGACACCGCGAAACUCCCUGUCAUCGUUCAAAACCUCGGUCUCGAAUACGACGAGAAAGUCCUCCCUUCGAUCGGUAACGAAGUUCUGAAAUCUGUUGUGGCGCAAUUCAAUGCUGAUCAGCUCCUUACUGAACGUCCUCAGGUUUCUGCCCUUGUUAAGGAGACUCUUGUCCGACGUGCUAGGGAUUUUAACAUCCUUCUCGACGAUGUGGCGAUCACACAUUUGUCUUUGUGUUGGAAGUUUGUUACUGGUGGUAACUGUCAGAGAUGUUUGGAGGAUGCGGUUACUAGGAUUGGUUCUUCGUGUAGGAAGAAAGAAGAUGGACGGGCUUUGAAUUCUGGUUGUUAUUUGAGGCAUUCACCACACAAGUUCUAUAACAAUUCAAGUAGUAAUGAUGUUGCUGCUGGAAAUCGUGGACACCGAAAAAUGGCUAUAAUAUUGGCUGCAUCUUCUGCUGUCUUGGCUCUUCUUUUGGUUACUGCAACAAUGGGUUUCUUUAUAAGAAAGAAUGUAAUGAGGAAAAGAAGAGAGAGAAAACAAUUUGGGACACUUUUGGAUACAGUGAAUAAAUCCAAGCUAAAUGUUCCAUAUGAAAUUCUUGAAAAAGCAACAAAUUACUUCAAUGAUGACAAUAAGCUAGGACAAGGAGGAUCAGGUUCAGUUUAUAAAGGAGUUAUGCCAGAUGGUAAUACUGUGGCUGUUAAAAGGCUUAGUUUUAACUCGACGCAAUGGGUGGAUCAUUUCUUCAAUGAGGUUAAUUUGAUUAGUGGAGUUCAUCACAAAAAUGAUGAGAGAAGAAAGAAUACUUACACGUCGGAGUCACUCCGCCAACGCUUCAAUCGUGAUUCAGGUAUGCAUUCUUAA